GGCACAGGCUGGACCGCAGCUGCUCCGCUUUCGCAAAGUUCUCCUCGUUGACACCGGGGUGAGAAAGAAAUAGAACAUGCAGAAGAGAGAGCGAGGAGUCCGGUUGAGUGAAAGGGACAUUUUCCUAGAGGCUACCAGUGUUUGGGGCAACACAGCGCAUAUAUAUAUAUAGAGAGAGCCCCCUCUCCAGCUCUCCUCUCCGUCACUUUCGAGCUCUUUUCAGACCUACGAGGAGCAUAAUGGCGAAAAUGAGGGUGUCAUACGAGUACUCGGAGGCGGAGGAUAAGAGUAUCCGACUAGGACUGUUCCUCAUCGUCUGUGGCAUCCUGUCCCUCUUUAUCCUCGGGUUCUGCUGGCUCAGUCCAACUCUACAGAGCAUGCAGAGCAAACCGGCCAACUGCACGGUGGUGUCCGUGCUCAGACCGGAGGAGAUGUUCGAGUGCGUGUUCACGUGCGGGUCGGACUGCAAGGGGACCUCGCUGUAUCCGUGUCUGCAGAUAUUCGUCAAUAAUUCCCAGUCGAACUCCGUGGCUCUGCUGCACUUUGAUGAACAGCAACUGGUGCUGAACCCAAAGGUAAAUGACUAAAACUCUAGAAGGAGAACUCUGGGAAGGAGCACUCUAGACUUUAUAGUCGCCACAGCGUUGCAGUUACUGAAUGCGGAGCUGUGAACGAUCGAUACAGUAGCUAGGCAAAGUGUCUGGCUGGAAAAGUUCCCAGUCUCAGUUUGUUGACAUGAGGUAGAUGGAUAUUAU